AUGUCCAAGCUCCCUUUCUCUCUCGACUCGGUUUCCGCCUCGCAUGCUUGGGCAGCUGGUGCUGUUGUUGCAGGGUUAGCGACCUGGUAUAUUGCGUCGAGCACCAACUCAGCAAAGGCAAGACGAGCUGGUGCUGUCCUCGCUCCUGGACCAAAGCGAGCCCUCUUGGUUGGCAAUCUCUUCAACUUCCCGAAAGGAAGAUGGUAUGAGACGUUCACUCAGUGGGCAGAAGAGUACGGGGACAUUAUCUACGUCGACCUCGGCGGGCUCCCGAUGGUCAUUCUAAACUCACUCGACGCCAUAAACGACUUGGCGGAGAAGAAAAUGAACAUACACUCGAAUAGACCUCACACUAACAUGGCGAGUGACGGCUGUACGCACAGCAUGGGAUUUAGUUACUGGUUGCCUUUCAUGCAACCCAACAAGGAUUUCGCUGAACAGCGUCGUCUCUUUCAGAGAGCAAUUGGUCCGCGAGCUGUGCAAGAGUACGACUUUGUUCUUUCUCAAGGAUGCUCGGAGCUGUUACGACAGUUUAACGGCUUCAGUGGCGAACCACUCGGUCUAAUAACCAAGACCGUGGGCGAUGUGCUCACACGGAUAUCUUAUGGAGAACAUUUCUUCAUGCACCAUGGACAGGAGUGUAUACAAAAGAAUGUGGAGGGUCUACAACUGCUCUCAUGGGUCGCUGUCAGCUUUUGGUUUGUCGAUGUCGUUGGUGCUCUGCGCUACGUACCUGCCUGGUUCCCAGGAGCCAAAUUCAAACGUGUGGGGAAUCAAGGAAAGCAGUAUGCAGACAACAUGCGGUACUGGGCCUUUGAUAAGGUGAAGGCUGCUAUGGCUGAAGGAAUCACGGAUGAUUCUAUCGUCUCCAAGUACCUGCACGAGGGUAGUAUCUCCGAAGAUAACCUUCGAGAUGCUGUAUCAGCUAUAUACGGUGGCGGAGUUGACACGACGACGUCUACGCUCACUCACUUCCUGUUCAGCGUUACCCUGUAUCCUAGUUGGCAAGUUCGGAUUCAAGAAGAGAUGGACCAAGUACUUGGCCGAGGUCAUCUACCAACGUUUGAUGAUCUUCCAAAACUCAGCAUCCUCAAUGCCGUCUUCAAAGAAUCCCUUCGGUGGAUCCCGGUUGCGCCAAUCGGCCUUGCUCACAUGAGCUCGAGCGAAGAUGUCUGGAACGGAUUCUACAUCCCCAAAGGUUCAUUCAUACAUUGCAAUAUUGUGCACGAUUGA